AUGUCUCUCCCUCAAAGCAAGACGCAGUAUCUCACCGUGCCCGCCACGGCCAAGUCCAAGUCGCUCAAGACCUACACCAAGGAGGAAGUCGCCCAGGUACGUCAAUGAGUGUGUUGUGGUUGGACCGUUGUGCUCGGGCAGGCACUGCCAUGGGAUUGUGUUGUGGUUGGACCGUUGUGCUCGGGCAGGCACUGCCAUGGGAUACGCGCCAUCCUGUGCCGAUCUGGGCUGAGCGGCGCGCCUAGCGACCUCGACCUCCGGCUAACCGACGCCGAGCCGGCGCUCUCUGCGGUGCGGUGGCUCUCCGCGAUCGCUGCCAUCAUAUUCAACGCAGCACGUCACCCAUUGUCUGUAUACUGACCCGAACAUCGUCCCUCGUUCGUGAUGCCAACGAACAGCACUCCAAGGAGGGUGAUCUUUGGUGCAUCAUCGACUCGGCCGUCUAUGUAAGCUCUGCGCCCGAAUGACACGCGUCGCGCGUUACCUGUCCGCGACGAGCUCAUUCACUGACGGCCGUCAUCUUCUGUCCCUACUGCGCAUUCCACAACCCACAGGAGUAAGUCCUACUCUAUCAAUCGUGUUCUAUCACAGCUUCGACAACUAAAAGCGCAGCUCCUUUCCACUGCAGUUUGAGCAAGUUUGUCGACUUGCACCCCGGUGGGACCGCAGUGUUGCUCGAUGAGCUCGUUGCUGGCAAGGUCAGUGAUACCCGCAUCGGUGCUCAAAGUAAUGGACUAGAGGGCUGACUAGACCAAAGUCCGCCCCCACAGGAUGCCACCGAUGCCUUCUUCGGCAUGCACCGAUCCGAAGUGCUUGUCAAGUACGGCCGAUUCAUCAUUGGCACGAUCGAGGGCGCCAAGCCUCGCUAUAUCUUGCCGACGCCCGGUGUUCUUUCGCCCGUCCCUUACGCCGAGCCCACCUGGCUCACCGAGGGCUUCAAAUCGCCUUACUAUAACGACGGUCACCGCGCACUGCAAAAGUACAUGCGCGAGUUCAACGACGAGUACGUGCGCGCCGAGGCCCAGGCGCACGAAAAGUCGAACGAGCGACCGACGGUCGAACUCAUCCAGAAGAUGGGUGCCGAGGGUGUCUACAUCAACCACAUGCGUCUCGGCCCCGGUAAGCUCCUUCACGGCUUGACGCUCCCCGGUGGCGUCAAGGGUGAGGACUUUGACUACUUCCAUGAGCAAAUCGUCACGCAAGAGCUCGUACGCACUGGUGCUCGCGGCUACGCCGAUGGUCUCCAGGGUGGUAUGGUCAUCGGUCUCCCCCCCGUCAUGAACUACGGUUCGCCGGCUCUUAAGAAGGAGAUCAUCCCCGAGGUCCUUGCCGGUCGCAAGUUUAUCUCGCUCGCCAUCUCCGAAGCCUUCGCCGGCUCCGACGUCGCCGGUCUUCGCUGCAUGGCCAAGAAGUCCGCCGACGGCAAGCACUACAUUGUCAACGGUACCAAGAAGUGGAUCACGAACGGAAACUUUUCGGACUACUUCUCGACCGGUGUCAACACGGGUAACGGCCUUUCUAUGCUCUUGAUCCGCCGUGGCGAGGGCGUCGACACCAAGUUGAUCAAGACAUCCUACUCGACCGCGGCUGGUACGGCCUACAUCACCUUCGACAACGUUAAGGUUCCCGUUGAGAACUUGAUGGGUAAGGAGGGCAAGGGUAUCUACGUCAUCUUGACCAACUUCAACCACGAGCGUUGGGUCAUGUGCUGCGGUUCCGUGGCCGGGUCGCGCCUGAUCGUCGAGGAGUGCUUCAAGUGGGCCCACCAGCGCAAUGUCUUUCACAAGCCUUUGAUCGAGCAAGCCGUGAUUCGCGAGAAGUUCGCGCACAUGUUCGCCAAGAUCGAGUCGCUGCAGGCCUAUCUCGAGAACAUCACCUACCAGAUGAACCACCUCACCUACGCGCAGCAGGGUGACUUGCUCGGUGGCCCGAUCGGUGCGCUCAAGAUGUGGUGCACCAAGAUGGCCGGUGAGAUCUCGUCCGAGGCCGUUCAGAUCUUUGGUGGACGUGGUAUCACGCAGGGUGGUAUGGGUGGUAUGAUCGGUGAGUGGACCUUCUCCGUGAGACCUGGAGGCUUGCGUGGUUCGUUUUUGCUGAGACUUGCACACCUGUCUCCAGAGCAAUUCCAACGCACGCAAAAGUUCGAUGCUAUUCUCGGUGGUGCAGGUGAGUUGGCCCCUUUGCCUCGCGGUGACAAGUCUGUGCUUUGCUGACCUUGCCUGCUCGUUUCUCCCUCUUUCUUCAAAUCGAUAGAGGAGAUUCUCGGAGAUCUUGCGGUAAGUCGCGAUUCGGCGCUGCUCGCAGGGUCGAGCCCAAUCACUGAUCCUGUCCCCUGUUUCUGUGCCGUUCUUUGCGAACAGGUCCGCCAAGCGAGCAGGAAGAUGCCGCGUGCAGUUUUGUAA